AUGGGACGACAUGCAAAUCCCGAUAUCCGUCGUGCGUUCCAGGAAUACACUGACGAGUCCACCCCGUCAAAAUGCGCCAAAGUGCGAUGCUUGCACUGCGGCUUCACGCGUGCGAAAAACACCACGCGCCAGAUUGAGCAUCUGCAGUCUUGUCAGGCCUACCUCAAUUCGCCCGACGCUACCAUGCACCUCCAGCAGGGCACAACCACCAAUAUCGACCCGAACAUGACGCAGCCGGACGGCACGCCAAACCGUGGGAUUCUCAACGGCACUCACCCCAACCCUAACCUCCAAGUUCAUCGCCGUGGGCCAAACACGAACAAGCGCACCCGUGAAGGCCAACCCAUAGCUCCACACCCGGGCCCGCCUCCGCAGCAGAGCCCGUCCCUCGUAGCACACCUUCUCAACCGCUUUCAAGCACCCUUCACUGCGGCGACGCAGCAGCCUUUCCUGUCGCAUGCGGGCUGCGGCACUCUCUCGGCGCCCGCCCUAACACAAUGGUUGGUGCAAGAUGCACAUUAUGCGCGUGGCUACAUCAGGUUCAUUGGCAAUAUGCUGGCCAAGCUUCGACUACCUGUGGUGCCGAACAGUCAGUUUCACCAAACGUACCGUGUGAUGGAUCUCCUGAUCAGUGCUCUCAACAAUAUUCGCCGUGAGAUGACCUUCUUUGAAAUCACCGCGACCAAGUUCGGUCUCCAAAUGACGGAUGAGCCGCCGAAUCGCAUCACUCGCGCGUACCUUGACUUGUUCCUGAGCAGCACCAGCAGCGGAGCUAGCUUGCUCGAGGGUAUGGUGGUGCUGUGGGCUACGGAGCACUGCUACCGCACCGCGUGGAGCUACGCCUCGUCUUUCACGCCCACACUAUCCACACCCUCGAACGAGCCGCACAUCGUUGCGCUCCACCAGCAGCUAAUCCCCAACUGGACUUCUGCCCCAUUCUCCAAGUUUGUAGAUGCGUGCCGCAGCUUGGUAGACGAGCUAGCCAACACGACCACGUCGCCCAAUGGCAAAGAAGAGAUGUUGCGCUGCGAGCAGCUGUUCGAGCAUGUCUGCUGGCUCGAGGAGCGAUUCUGGCCAGACGUGGACGGUAUGGGUGAGGAGGACGAGACGGCGCGUCUUGCAACCCAUGGCGCACACCACUCAGCUUCUGCAGCGGCGCACACGCACCCCACUCAUAGCAUGACGGGCGGUGGCAUGGCAGGCAGCUCAACCCCUAACAUGGGCAUGAGUGGUGGCAUGAAUGCCAGUAUGGGGAGUGGGAUGGGAGGCAUGGAGACGCCCUCGAGGGACUCUGGCGGUUCCUUCUCUGGCGCUCUGAACGGAAUUGCUGAGGCGGCAAACGGAACCCCUGGAUCCUGA